AUGGUUGCCAGUCGGGGACCUGUCGCCCCACACAUCUUCUUACCCUUACACAAGCCCAUCGCCAUGGACAUGGCGCAUCAUGAAGAAUGCCACUCGUACCACUAUGAGCCCCACGCUGUCCAUGCCGUACACAGGCCCGUAGGUUUGCCAGGCAGCCCUGUCAUCUCUGACAUCUCACUGAUCCGCCUCUCUCCUGCCUCCAUGGCGACCGGAUACUCCCCCUUCAAUCCCCCACAUGUAUACGUCAAUCCUCACAUGGAGCACUACCUGCGCCCCGUGCACGGGGGCCCGACACUGUCAAGGAUCUCAGCAGUCAGAAGCCUGAGCCCCACUCACUUGGAUCAUGACCAUUUCAAGGAUGGCAGCCUGUUUGGGUACCCUCUACCUUCUCCGACCGGGAUGAGUCUGACCAGGGAGUAUUACCAGUUGAUGUCAAGCCACCACGGCUCCUAUGGGGAGCUGCUCAUGCAGAGGGCGGGGUUAGCUGCAGGGGCCCACCUGUCAGACUACAUGGCCCCCCUUGAUGUGUCACGACUGACCUCCAGGCUGAGCAGGAAGAGGGCGCUGUCCGACGCCAGCGUGGACCUUCAGACAAUGAUCCGCACCACACCGAGCUCACUCGUGGCAUACAUCAACAACUCCCGGUCCGGCUCGGUUGCCAGCAGCUCGUACGGACACCUGUCAGUCGGAGGACUUAGCCCAUCCUUGGCUUUCCCUCAUCCUACCAACCCUGUGGCCUACCAGCAACUGCUGGCUUUGGGCCACACUCCGCCACUCAUCCAGCCACCGGCCGCCUACCCCAGCUGCCAGCCAGGCCUCAGCCUCGGCCUCUCCUUGCUCUCCGGCCCAGCCCACGGCACUGACCUGACGUCCCAAAACCCAUGUGCUGAGUCAGUCAUCAGCUGCACAGUUGAACCCAUCAUCACCAAGAGGUCAAAGGUUAAGCCCCAAUCCAAGGCACCAAUGGCUUCGCCGUCAUGUGAGAACCAACAAGGCGCCUCAUUGGAGCCAAAGGUGGACGUGGACAGUGACGAGUGCAAAACGCAGCCGGAGGCCACGUACGAGUCCAACUGCCACUGGGAGGGCUGCAGCACUGAGUAUGAAACACAAGACCAGCUUGUGCACCACAUCAAUAACGACCACAUCCAUGGGGAAAAGAAAGAGUUUGUGUGUCGCUGGGACGAGUGUUCUCGGGACCAGAAGCCCUUCAAGGCUCAGUACAUGUUGGUGGUUCACAUGCGCCGACACACAGGAGAGAAACCGCACAAGUGCACGUUUGAGGGCUGCUCUAAGGCCUACUCCCGCCUAGAAAAUCUCAAAACGCAUCUGCGCUCUCACACCGGUGAGAAACCCUAUGUUUGCGAGCACGAGGGAUGCAACAAGGCUUUUUCCAAUGCCUCAGACCGAGCCAAACACCAGAACCGGACCCACUCCAACGAGAAACCAUACAUAUGCAAGAUCCCGGGCUGCACCAAGCGCUACACGGACCCCAGCUCACUGAGAAAACAUGUGAAAACGGUCCACGGUCCAGAGGCGCAUGUCACCAAGAGGCAGCGCAGCGACCUGAUGCCCAGGCUGCCACCUAGGGACAACAGUGAGAACCAGGCCCUUAACAGAAAGACAAUUCAUGAGAAGAUUGCAGAUAGCAGCUCCCCCACAGGUGUAGAGGGCUACAUGAGUGUCAAAUCCAUCAAGACAGAAAGUUCUGUGAUGCAGCAGCCCAGCACUGGCGGUGGCUCAUCAUGUAGCGGGGAACCAUCACCACUUGGUGGGGCCACCAACAACGACAGUCGAGUAGUAAUGGCAGGGUUGAGUGGUGGAAGCCUGGGGUACCUUAGGACGCUGUGGAGUCUUUGGUGUUCCUCUGGCAAAGUGUGGGAAGUGGUCCUGGGUCUCCUGGAAAGUCUCUCAGGGCAACUCUCCUCCUUGCUGCACCAAUCAAUCCUGCUCACUGUGCUCCAGGCAGGCCAAUCCGUGUAG